UCACAAACUCUUUUCCUUUUUCCUUUUGGUUUUCAUCUCUCCUAGGUUCUUCUGUCUUAAUUCGAUUCCUGUUCCUUGAGUGUUUCUGCUUUUUCUUUUGUUCUUCUCUUAAUUAAUUAAUUUGGGUUCUUGUAUCGUAAUCGAAUCGUAAUAAGGAGAGGCGGAAGAAAUCUGUAAUCUCAAGACAGAACGAGAACGAGGACAAGAAAUUUAUCAAGAAGAAGAAGAAGAUGUCGGAUCUUCCAAGGGAUAUCGAGGAAGAGGUGCUAUGUCGAGUUCCGUUGACAUCUCUGGGAUUUGUCCGAUCUACUUGCAAAAGUUGGAACAUGUUGUCGAGAUGUGAUCACUUAUUUGCAAACAAGCACCUUGCUCAUCUAGCAAAGAAGAAGGACCACCCUCUUGUGGUUAUGAUGAUCGAUUAUAGGGUUCAGUUGAUGAGAUUGAAUCUUUCCGACGAAGAUGAAGUUGUUGUUGUAAAUCCUGAAGCUAAACUUAUUGGCUUAGAUCAAAUCGAUGUGUGUACAAUCUUUCACUGCGACGGUUUAUUGUUCUGCAUUCCCAAAGAAUUAGACCGGCUAUUGGUUUGGAAUCCCUAUUGGGGGCGGGGGCAACUCAGGUGGAUCGAGCACACACAUAAUCACCACGUACUGGAUCGCUUUGGUCGUUUGGACAGGUACACGUAUGGUCUCGGAUACAACAAUACUAGUUCCCAGUACAAAAUCCUGAGAUUUGUUGAUUAUCCCCCAAAAUUCGUUGAGUUCAAAAUCUACGACUUCAACUCUGAUUCAUGGAGGAUUCUUGAUCUCGACAAGAACUGGUGCAUAAAUGUUGGUGAACGCGGCCUAUCUUUGAAGGGAAAUACCUACUGGUUUGCAACCAUUAGUUUCUUAAUCUGUUUUGAUUUCUCAACAGAGACAUUCUCCCUGCCUUUCCCUCUCCCCUUUGAGGCUUUUCCUGGAGACGCUUUGAGUUUAUCAUCAUCAUCAUCAUCAAGUGUUGGAGGAGAAUAUCCUCCGCAGCAGCUUCUGGUUUUAUUCCAGUCCCAGCAUACAUUGGAGAUGGAGAUCUGGGUUUCCAAUACGAUUGAGCUGCCCAAUGCCCUGUCCUGGAACAGCAAGCUUAGUGCAACUCAACUAGUAGUCCACCUAUUAUCAUUAUUAUUAUUUAUCUCUCUGUUUUUUUUCCAUCCUUUUUGUUUGCCGUAUUAGACUUUUGGCUUCACAGCCUCUUGCUUUCGAGUGCCUCUCUUUGUCCAAUGUUUAGAUCAUUCUAAGGAAUAAGAUCAGAGUUUGUGGUGAAGGCGUUGAGUUCUUUCCGUUGGUAUAUGAUCUCUCUGCUUUCUUGCAGUGGAUAUACUCAACAAGAAAGUCAAUGAGUCUGUAUAUAUCUUUGAUAGAUGUUGCGUUAAACCAUCCAUUAGGCAACUCCAUUAGUGUUUAACUUGGUUUUGGGGUUUUUAGAUUCUUGUUAGAAAAAAAAAAAAAAAAAAAAGCUUCAAUUAUUUUAUGUUUUUGAGCAAUGUUGUUGUAUGCAGUUUAAGUAUCAUUUUCAGAAUGAGGUUUCUAGGGCGGCAAUUGAAUUGAGGGGAAGUUGUUACUUCCUUGGGGUCCAGCUUUACAUCAAACUUGGGCAAGCUUUGAAUAUUCCACCAGAUAUCUUGUCUUCUGCUGCAACGUGAUGUGUGGUGAAGAUCGAAGUGGCAAGCCUCAUUUGCAGAGAGUUAGCAGUCUUGGUCGACCAGCCAUGGAUGAAGGAAUCAGGUGGUGUUCUUCUUGCAGAACGUCAACCAGCUAAGUUCAAUAUCCACUAGCUGCGCUGUCUUUUAAGGUAGACUAUCUAAGUUCUUUUGUAUAGGAGAUAGGUGACGUGUUAUGGCUUAUCAGUUUAUAGAGAAGUAGUGUCUUUAUUGUGAGAUUAAAACAUAUUGCUGGAUUUUGAAGCAAUGGUUACAAAGAUUGUUUUCUCUUCAUUUAAGUACUCCAAACGAUGGAUAUGAGAUAUCUUGCUGCAUUUAAAUUAUUACAUAGAGGGGGCGUAAUGAAACAUUCCCGCUAAGUCUUGAAUACGUUUUACUUAAAUCAUAACCACACAGUUCACACAUGCAUGAAGUGACAUAAUACACUCACCCUAAGACGUAGCGUAUGCCAAUAAUAAGAGGUGGAAACCAGUUGCAAAGUACGAUCCCUGCCCACAUGACCUUCUUCGUGAAGCUCUCGGUUGAUAUGGAGUCGCAGACUACAUUCAGGAAUGCAAAGUCGAACACCGUAGAACAAAAAUUGAUCUAACACAAAGUAGUCGGACGUACGACCUGCGAGAGCGUCUUGCCAAAUCUUCCCAAAGAAAAUAUCAGAAGGGUAAAGAUCAGGAAGGACUAAAAAACCUGUAAUGGUGGUAUGCAAUGUCGCCAGUAGACCUUGGCGGCGACUUAAAGCAUCAGCAACUUUAUUCAAAACACCAGCUUUGUGUUUAAUGACGAAUGUGAAUGGUUGCAGGUAGGCAAACCAGGAUGCAUGGCUGAUACUUUAUCCUGAGAUCCCAUGUGUUUUAACGCAGCAUGGUCAGCGAAGAGCACAAACUCUCGAUGAAAAAGAUAAUGGCGCCAAUCAUACGUACUAUACCAACCGCAAGCCCCAACAAUUUUCUCACUAUAAAAGGCAAUGGGCUUGCCUUGUUGACUCAAGACGGCACAAAUGCCUGUUUUAGAGGCGUUAGAAUGUAGCUCAAAGGGAAUAGCGAAGUUGGAUAAGGCGUGAACAGGGGCUGACAUCAACUUGUUCUUGAUAGUAGUAAACGCGUUGUCAGCUUCCAGAGACCACACAAAUUGCUUUUGUUUAAUGCAAUCUGUAAUCGGAGCCAUAAUGCUACUAAAGUGAGCAACAAAUCGAUGGUAAAAGGACGAGACCUGAGGACUCAUCAACGUGAUACGAUGCAGCAAGUGUAUUUCCGAAAGCGUAUGAGGGAGAAUGGAACUGAGAGAGUGGGGACGUCGCGCAAGACGCAAAGGAAGAAGCGAGCAAAGCCUUGGGAUGAGAGGGAGGCUUUGCGAGUCAGAUUUUGCUUAUAAAUAAGAAGAAUAAAGUUCAGACUUUCCUCAUGUUGAUUGUUGUGAGAAGAGACGUAUGUGUCC